AUGUAUUAUCCACCAGCAACAUCAUCAGCACGUCCUGGCCCAGCCAACCGGAAAACACCUGAGAGAAGCGAGGAGACAGGAGUGGGGACGGAUCAACAAAAUCAGGAUGCAUCACAUGACAUGGAGCAGUUCGAGGUCGGAAACAGUUUAAGAAACGAAGCGAGUGAAAGUGAAGAAGAAGACGAAGCUCCAAGACGAUCAAGACAUGGAGAAGGAAAGAAGCGUCUGUUUGUCAAUUCUUACUACGCUGUGUCCUCCACGAUCCGGUCGCGGUUUACAAUCGCUUUCUGCGGCGCUUCACAAGCCAAGGUUAAUGACUGGCGUUUAAUCGUCUUCUCGUCUUCCUACGAAGAUGAGAAAUCUUCUUCUUUGGCAACCACUUUCCAUAUGACAAUACCUUCAGUGUACUUGUCUAACGCCUCCUCCUGUCAAUCUGUUCAUGGCUUAAUCGGGUGUACUAGCAGUGGUCCAUUCUUUGUCUGUAACCCCAACACCAACAAUUUCACUAUCCUACCAUGUGCCGGGGCACGCACAUCCUGGGGAUACGAUCCUGUUGGAGAUCAAUUCAAAGCAUUGACCAUGGUGUCUUAUCCUCAUCAGCCUCAUGAUUCUCUACUUUACGAGGUUUUAACACUUGGAGGAGGAGAAUCUUCAUGGACACGCAAUACGUUCACCAGCCCGCCUCAUUUCACUGUUACCAACUCAAAAUGUAUCAAUGGUUUCGUGUAUUAUGCUGCUUGGACCCCAACCCGAACUAAAAAUCCGGUGAUUGUGUGUUUUGAUGUUAGAUAUGAGAGGCUGAGCUUUGUCAAAGCGCCUAUGGCUGUUGUUUGCUGGGAGGGUGAAUCUAUUCUCAUAGAAUACAAAGGCAAGCUAGCUUCCAUUGCAAGACACCCUCAUGCUGAUUUCCGUAGGUUUGAUUUAUGGAUACUGGAAGAUGCGACGACACAUGAUUGGUCCCAGCAAACAUUUGAGCUUCCUUUCUCUUUGGGGAUGGGUAGGAAUAUCACUUCCCCGGGGACCAACAAGGCUGGUGAAAUCAUUUUUGCACCAAAACGCCUCUCAUAUGAUGUUCAGCCAUACUACAUAUUUUACUACAAUGGCCCUGUUCUUUUCUAUGUCGCUAGCGACAGCUCCGGCGACUGA